UCUGCUCCCCAAAACUUCAGAUAUGAACGUGGUCGACGGUAGUAAGCAUGCUGUGGAUUUGAGCCAUGGUCUGGAAAACGUUCCCGUUUUAAUUGAAAGGAGUUCAUCAGUGCCGAUAUUUCCUGAAUUUCAGUAUUCCCCAGAGAACAUUGAGGGACCAGGAUGCACUGUUGACCCCAGUGAAGUCACCCUUCCUGGAUGCUCCUGUCUUUACCACUCCUGCUGCACUGAGAGCUGCUCCUGCCUGCAGACUCAUGGGCAGGCGUAUGACAGCACCGGCACACUCCUGGACCGUACCCAAACAGACUCUGGUUACUGCUCACCUGUGUUUGAAUGUAAUGCCCUUUGCAGCUGCAGUGACACCUGCUCUAACCGUGUUGUCCAGAGAGGGCUGAGACUCAGGCUGGAGAUUUAUAGCACCAGGAACAGGGGUUGGGGAUUACGGACACUAGAGGCAAUCCCACAUGGAACAUUUGUAUGCGAGUAUGCAGGAGAGGUUAUCAGUUUUGAGGAGGCCAGACGCAGACAGCUUACGCAGAGAUCUGAAGAAAAUAAUUACAUUAUCGCUGUAAGGGAGCAUGCAGGUACAGGCUCCAUUAUUGAGACAUUCGUGGACCCGGCUGUGGUAGGAAAUGUAGGCCGCUUUCUCAACCAUUCCUGCCUGCCUAACCUGUUCAUGCUGCCUGUCCGCGUGCACUCUGUGGUUCCUAGACUGGCACUGUUUGCUGGCCGGAACAUUGAUGCACACGAGGAGCUGACGUUUGACUACUCAGGAGGAUACAGUAACCAACCACCCGUAGAGCUGCUGUCCACACAAAGUGACGCUGCCAUAAAGGCCAGUAGGACAGAUGGACUUCAGAGGAAACCAUGUCAUUGUGGUGCCAACAAGUGCGCACAGUUCCUUCCACUGGAUUUAUCUAUUCUGAGCGGAAAUAAUCCUAAAUAAAUUUCAGAUCACAUUGUUUUUUUUUUUUUAUCUGACCACCAAGAGAUGGAAUAAUUUCUGAAUGUUAGAGAAAAGAUUUUGCCUUUUUCCUCCUGAUUUUCUUUUGAAAUUAUGUCUAUUUACUUAUGUGUUGCUCUAUUUUCAGUGUCCCCGAACUCUUAGCUCAUUAGAACAAGACAAUGCAACACGUUGGUGGCUCCAUAAAAACAAUCGGCUGGAUGAGUCAUGUCUGUGCUCGUCAUUGUUUCCUGUUUAGUCCCCCCGGUGUCUCCUGAUCUGCCACUGUCUUAAUGAUGUCUCCCACUCAGUGUAAAAUGAUGCAAUGAAAACUAAAUCUCAAGGCAAAGAAAAAAAAGUUUUAUUUUUCUGUGAGACUAAACUUGUUGAUACUACUGUCUGUUCUUUCACGUAUAAUCCAUUUCAAGUAUCAGGGGAGGCUUGUUCUGUGUCGGACGUGUCCCACUGGAUUCACAGUCUUGCAGCUGUCAUCUUGUCCUGGCACAUAUAACUCCCAUUUCUCAUGCAACACAUAAAUCUUGAAGGAGCAGGAGAAUCUUUUGAACCAACAGACAUGGAAGGAAUGAUGUUUAAUAGGUUUCUUUUAAUAGCAACAUAGGUUACAGAAUUGAUCUGUACACCCUUACAGAUGCCAAAGCUUUGUGCAAGAGAAUAUUUUGUCAUUCUAAAAAGCAAAAUUCAAAGUAAUAACUGUCAACCAUCUCCAUCAACUUGACAUUUCUUUUCUGUGUUCAUGCGAAGCAGCCUCCCUAUGUAGAUAUUCUCAGCAUCUCAUCGCACUCAAACCUCAAGAGGGUUGGGACCAAUUAAAAAGGGCCAAGGGGUAUUUUUAUAUAGAAACAGGCUUUAUUCCCCUGUCAAAGGAGGGGCGAAGGUGUCCCACUUUAGUGUGACCAUUCUUAAAUCAGGACCUUCUCCUCUCAAUCUGCCCCGUUUCUAGUCUAGACCUGCUUUCAUCUUAUUAAUAUCCACAUCUGGGUUAAUUAGGAUGGAGACCGUGUUUCAUCCAGAAUUGGGAUCAAUGCUCCAGCCACACUGGGGCUGAGAGAGAGACUAAAUGGUGGUGGUGGGGAGAUGGAAGCCCUCUGCUGAUCGGGGACUGCUGUCAAGUUGAUUGGUUUUUGUGUCGCCCAAUGGAGAGGCCAAUGGCACAGGAUGUUGUUGUACUGACCUAUAUUUUCUCCUCUGUGAGCGUUACCUGGGAUUCUUUCUGUUCAAAAUGGGCUGUUCUUUGCACCUGAUGUGAUCUAAACUAAAAAACGUAAUAAAAAACAAACUUAAAGGAACAGUUU